AUGUCCCUCUACACCCUUGUGUUCGGCAUCCUGGUCAUGGAGGUGGUUGCCUUCCUCCUGCUGAUGCUGCCUUUCUCCCCGGCCUUCCGGAAGAAGGUCGUUUCGCUCAUCGCCAACUCCCCGUUCGCCGCAAAGCUCAAGAUCGGUGUCCAGGUGGUGUUUGUCCUGGUCACUCUUCUCUUCCUCGAGUCCAUCAGCCGCAUGUAUCGCCUGGAGAAUGAAAUCUCCCAGCAGCAGGCCGUCUACAACAAGGGCACCGCCCUGAUCGACCCCUUCAUGAACCUCUACACCUCGAAGUUUUACGCCGAGCGCAAUGUCUACCUGACUGGCAUCACUCUCUUCCUGGCCUUUGUCCUCCACCGCUUCCAGGCCGUGCUUCUGGAGAUCUCCACCUCGGAGGCCAAGCUUGCUGUCCUGCACAAGCAGUAUCUCAACUCCGAGAAGGAGUACAAGCGCAUGAUCGAUGAGUCCGGCUCCUCCUCCUCCUCCAUCAAGGAGCUGAACAAGACCAUUGCCGACCUCGAGAAGGAGGUCACCUCCCUGAAGAAGAACAACACCGCCCUCGAGACCCAGGCCAAGAACCAGAACGCCACCUUUGUCAGUCUCAUGGAUGAGCGCGACAAGCUCGAGCGCAUGGUCAACCAGCAGCGCGGCGUCGUGGAGAACAAGAAGGAUCUCUGA